AUGGGUGCCGGAGUUAAAUCACCAGAAUCCAUUUUAAAGUCAGAUGACAUGACAUCAUUCCCAUUGUUGUUGUUCCUGGCUGCUAUGUUGCCCCCAUCCCUUCUUCAAUAUACCUAUGAGAAACUAGGCCUUGAGGAUUUGUCAACCAUUAAAAAGUCAGUCCAAGAAGAGAUUGUAAACAAACACAAUGAACUGAGACGAAUGGUUGAUCCACCUGGUAGUGACUUACUGAAGAUGGAGUGGAACAGUGAGGCCCAAAUAAAUGCACAGGCCUGGGCAAACCAGUGUGCUUAUCAACAUAGUCCUCAAGAAUCCAGAAAUAUCAAAAACUUAAGAUGUGGUGAAAAUAUCUUCAUGGCUUCUUACCCAGCAUCAUGGUCUCAGGCCAUCCAAAGCUGGUAUGAUGAAUCCAAAGAUUUUAAGUUUGGUUCAGGGCCAACAACACCGGGUGCAGCAGUUGGACAUUAUACUCAGCUAGUUUGGAAUACCACUCACCAAGUUGGAUGUGGAGUCGCUGAGUGCCCUAACAACUCAUUGAAAUAUUACUACGUUUGUCACUAUUGUCCUCCUGGUAAUUUUAUGAACAGGCUAUACAUCCCUUACACAAUAGGAAAACCAUGUGGCAGUUGUCCUAAUCACUGUGACAAUGGACUGUGCACAAACAGGUGUUACUAUGAAGAUACGUAUUCUAACUGUCCAUCUUUGAAAGCAUCGCUAACCUGUGAACAUGCAAUGGUUAAAGAAAACUGCAAAGCUUCAUGCAACUGUGAAGAUAAAAUUCAUUAAAUUUCUAGUGCACGAGACCAGGGCCAUGGGCAGGAAGACCUCCUCCCCAGCUUAGUCUUGUCACAGUCCACCAGGAAAUUCUAGGUAUAAGUACACUCAAAUGAUUCCAAACAGUAAAGAUCCAUUUUUUUCUAUGUCAUCUCAUUUAGCAGAAAUAAUUUAUAGCCAAAUAUUUUAAAAUAACAAAAUCAGUAAUACCUUUUGGACUUAACCUCUAAAUUCUGUGACGAAUUUAAGGAGUUGACUCAAAUCCAAGAUUAUAUGUAGUUUGUCUGUAGGACUAAGGUCACUAAAAUUCUGUCUUGAGAACAAUAAUCAGGUUCCCAGAGCACAGUGAAGUAAAGAAAGAGCAUAUACUUCCACUGUAGCUUUCAGUCACCUUUCCUAGCUCUAUCUAGCUAUCUCCAGAAACAAAUGCGCAUUAGCUCUCUUUGAUUCCUUCUCAGUAUUUACUCCU